GGCGGCGGGGGCAGCCGGCGUGGGGUGGUGGUGCCGGUGGUGCCGGUGCGGCGGGCGCUGCCGGGCGAGGCGGGAUGCGGGCGGCCCACGGGCUUUGCGCGGCGCUGGCCCUGCUCUUGCUGCCGGCCGGUGGCCGAGCGCUGCGCGAAGGGGACUGCGAGGUGUGUGUCACAUUCCUGGGAAGGUUCUACCAGAGUCUAAAGGACAACGACAUUGAAUUCACACCUUCCAGUAUUGAAAAGGAGCUCCUGAAAUCCUGCAAAGAAGCAAAGGGCAAAGAGAACCGCCUGUGCUAUUAUGUUGGGGCCACAAGUGAUGCAGCCACUAAAAUCAUUAAUGAGGUAUCAAAGCCCAUGAGUCACCACAUCCCUGUGGAAAAGAUCUGUGAGAAGCUGAAGAAGAAAGACAGUCAGAUCUGUGAACUAAAAUACGACAAGCAGAUCGACCUCAGCACGGCCGACCUGCGCAAGCUGCGCGUCAAGGAGCUGCGGCGGAUCCUGGAUGACUGGGGCGAGGUGUGCAAGGGCUGUGCCGAGAAGUCCGACUUCAUCCGCAGGAUCCACGAACUGAUGCCCAAGUACGCUCCGAGGGCGGCCGGCGCCCGGACAGACCUCUGAGGGCCGAGACCGGGGCCACCCUGGGGCGAUCCCGGGGCUCUGAGGGGCGAGACCGGGCUGCGAGGGGACUGUGAGGGGCGACCUCGAGGCUCUGAGGGGCGACGCCGGCCCCGCGCUUUGUACGGGACUUUCAUUAAAGUUCGCCGGUGUGUACCGGGCGGA